UAGAAAACAAAAAUUCUAGAGUACAAAAUUCCAGCACAGAGUGAACUGCCAUGAAUUCCCAGAAGAAGCUGGAUGAUUUCACCCGGAACUUGGACUUGGCCAAGUGGUAUAUGGGUAUAUCGACGCAGCAGGAGUACACGAUGUUCACCAUGGCGGAGAAGCUCCGGGAUGACUUCGAGCAGGGAACAGGGGAAAAGAUGUUUAAGAUGCUGAUAGCCCUGGGCCUCCAGCCGGUGAUAUCCAAAAAGAAGAUCAGCCGGAUCGUACAGCUGAGCAGGAAUAACAUACUGGCCUUCCUGUACUUUGUGAUGGAGGGCUACUACAAGACAAAUCAAAAGGAUGGAGUUUACAGCAUUAAUGAGCAGCUGCUAAUGAAUGCCAUAGCCAAGAUCGAUAUGUUGCCCACCAUUCGAGCUCUGGACACUGUGCUGCCCCAGCCCUUGGUCAAAAAACCGGACCCCCAAGAUGAAUCGUUAGCCUCCCUGAACACCGUGGAGCGUCCACCCAAGAAACCAACCAAGAAAUCGCCCUACUUCCUAAGGCAACCGAAGCCCGUUCAAAGGAUCUCCCGUCUGACGGCCAAGACUCCUGAGCUGGUCGUAUCAUUCAACUUUUGGCCCAUCGAUGGACCGCCCGAUUAUGGCAAGGACGAGGAGGAGCCUUGGUAUGCGGUAUACCGACUGAAUCCCGGCCAGCGGCUGAUCAAGAAAACCCUUUCCGAGACCCUGGAGCGCUAUUUUAAGCUGGGAGCAGUGGAGGGGAAGCAGGAGGAGGAGGAUACCCCACAAAGUCGGGAGCCCGCGGCCAAUAUGUGCUUGGUGCACAAGGGUCAGGUGUUGCAGGCCCAGUUACUGAGGGAUGAACUGACGGUCAAGGCGCGGGAUCGCUGCCUGGAGCUCCUCGAUGUGAGGGAGCCGUACGCCAAACUUCGAAAGGCCAGAAUCGUGGCCCAGUUGGAGCACGACAUCGAUGUCAUCAUGGCACGCCACCGCAACGCCAUGCACUGCGACCAGACCAAGGUCCUGACCAUUGAGAACGCCGACUGCGUGCUGUGCCAGAAGAUGCUGGUAUCGCAGCCCUGGCCAGAGCCCAUGGAUCAGGUUGGUCGCGCUCUGGUGGGCGAGGAUUGCACCCUAGCCCAUACGGCUGCAUUCGAUACUUACCGCGGCAAAAGGCUGGAGGGCGGUGCAGAGAAGCCGAAAAAGAAGGAUUGCUUAGUAGCCCAAAGGGCGCCAAUCGAUACUUGCCGCAAAAAUGGAGAGAAGGCUGGUGGAGGCAAGCAACAAAACAAGGAAAGCACAGUAGCCCAAAAGGCUGUCAUCGAUAAAAGGCAGGCGGGUGGUGGAGGGAAGCCGAAGAAUGACAAGAAGGGGAAGAAGGGGAAAAAACCUAAAGUGGAGCCACCGGAACCAGAACCGCCGAAACAGGUGAAGGUAUCGCCCUGGAAGCCACCGCCGCGCAAACUCUUUAGCGGCCCCUUCCGAGUGCACAAUGUCGACUUCAAGGAGAACUCGGAGGUGUGUAAGCCAGUGAUUGGCCCCUUGGAGUGCGAGGUUCCGCCGGCUCCAAAGAAGUCGGCCGUAUCCUUUCUGCUGGCCAAGGGAAAGAUCGAGGGGAAGGCUCACAAGUGCGAUAUGCGCGUGCGCAGCAACAGGAAUGUCAAAACUAAGUUCUUCCGGGGACCCCGAUCGAACAAGCCCUACCAGUUCAAGUACCAUCGGGUCUUCCAAUCCGGCCAACCGAAACCCUUUGAUCUGAGUCAUAUUGUGACCAAGUCGUUUGUGAAGGCGCUGGAUAAGUCGGAUGAGGACGAGGCCGUUGAUCCCUGUUAUCUCAAGGACCUUUUGUCGGAGAUGGUGAUUGAGGACGAGGCGCCUCCGGAUACCAAGUCCGAUGGUCAUCCCGACACCGAGGCGGAAAAGCAACCACCGUUGGAACUCUUUAGCGAACUGGAUCAGAUUAAGAUCUCUGAUAGUCGGGAGACGAUGGAUCGUUCCAGCAGCCACAGUGGCCGCAGCCAUGUGAACUACAAGGCGGAGAUCGUGGAUGCAGUGGUGAGAUGUGCCAAGGCCGUUUGGCAGAAGCGGACCCUAAUAAAGCGGGCCGAGAUGGAGCGAAUGGGCAGGAUGACGCCGCGCAAGGCAAUGACCCACAGGGAUAUGGAAUCGUUCGAUCCGAACGACAACGCCCAGAUGGACCAGUUGCUGAAGGAUGGCAUGCGAGUGCUCAGGAAGGAACCCCGCUAUGUGCUGGCUUGUCUCCCGGAUGCCCACAAGCUGCCAGUGCUGCGGGAGUGGAUCAAGAGGAGGUACGGCAAGACCUACAGCCAAAAGGAGCUCGCGGACAAUUUGAUAGAGUCCAACAGGAUAUUCGAGCUGGUCACCGUCCUCCAGAACCAUUCCGUCAGCCCCGAUCUCAUGGGCAUCGAUCGUCUGCCCAGAUCUCAGGAGAACUUCAACUUCUACAAGCAGAUUAAGAAUACGGCUGCCCUGGCUAAGCAAACGUACCACGCUCAGUUGAAUGCCAGCUACCUGACCACAAUGAGCUCCGCCUGGUACGCCAUGGGCAACUAUCUGGUGCCCGGAGGACCUCCGCGCAGGACCUUCUUCGCGUACAUAGCCUCCAAUCCGCAGGAGAUCAUGCGUAAUAAGUCGUGGAACGGGGAAUUCCGGAAUUACCGCGCCAUGCGCGACAAGCGGAAGGAGACGGAGAGGCUUAUGGGCAAGAAGGACUAGAUUACAAUAAAGUAAAACUCUUUUCAAUCGGGAA